AUGGCCAACGAGCUCGGCGAAUGGGUUCGUUAUAUUGAUGCGACGCGGGAGCAGAUCCUCCAGAAUGAUGAGUUGGUACUGUAUCAAGAGCUGGGUCUACGCCCAACGUGGAAUGAGAAUAUCCUGGGUUAUUGGCAUCACAUCACUGCGGACCCGAAGAAUAUACAAGCUAUGCUUGCAACACAGUUCAAGGAUUUUGAACUUGGCCCUUCACGGCAUAACUUGUUCGGUCCGGUUAUUGGAAAGGGUAUUUUCACCACGGAUGGAAAGGAGUGGCAACAUUCUCGCGCCCUACUUCGUCCACAAUUCGCUCGCGGUCAAAUCGCCGAUUUGAAACUCGAGGAACGUCAUGUCCAACACCUUUUGAAUAGGCUCCCAGUUCAGGACAAUUGUUGGACAGAAACUAUCGAUUUAUCGCCCUUGUUUUUCAACCUCACUCUCGACUCUGCCACCGAAUUCCUCUUUGGACACAGUGUCAAUUCCCAGAUUCUUUCAUUGAAAGGAAACAAGGGUCUUGAGCAUGGCACAACUAUAGCGAAUUCCCCACCCAACGGGUUGGCCUUUGGCAAGUCCUUUGACCGAGCCAACACGGUGGUCGUAUUACGAGCUUAUUUGAUGGAUCUGUACUUUCUCUACUCCACUGCAGAAUUUCGAAAAGAUUGUGCAGACAUUCAGGAUUUUGCUCGGUAUUAUGUCGACCGCGCUCUCGCGGAGGACCAACAGUCAAAGACGAACAAAAGCGCCCCAGGCGGCCCCACUGAAUCUGGUUAUGUAUUUCUUCGGGAACUUGUGAAGGAGACAAAGGAUCCCGAAGAGCUUCGGAGUCAGCUUCUCAAUAUACUGUUAGCAGGGAGAGACACAACAGCAGGCCUUCUGGGAUGGACUUUCUAUCUACUAUCUCGUCAUCCGGAGGUUUACGCAAAGCUGCGUACUAUCGUCAUUGAAACAUUUGGGGAAUUCCCUAGUACUACUGCCAUCACUUUUGAGUCUCUAAAAUCAUGUUCCUAUCUGCAACACGUUCUAUCCGAAGUUCUACGACUGCAUCCAGUCGUACCGGAGAAUAGUCGCCGCGCGGUGCGAAACACCACUCUCCCUCGAGGAGGUGGUGCAGAUGGUACAUCGCCAAUCUACAUCCGCGCCGGAGAGGAAGUGACCUACAAUGUGCAUAUCAUGCACCGCCGUCAGGACCUCUGGGGUGAUGAUGCCAACGAAUUUCGGCCUGAGAGGUGGACCACCCGCAGACCGGGAUGGGAAUUUAUACCAUUCAAUGGCGGACCGAGAAUUUGCCUGGGACAGCAGUUUGCCCUGACUGAGGCUGGUUACGUCGUUGUGCGGAUGCUUCAGCGGUUUGACAGAGUGGAGAAUAUGGAUCCGUCGACUGUUGUCAAACAUAAAUACACGACGACCACUGCCCCAGUUCAGACUCUCGUGCAAUUACAUAGCGCAUCUAAAUAG